AUGGCGGUGUCCAGACAUCACACCGCUCAUGUGUGCAUCGCAACUUUUCUCACCGCCUUUUUACUGCACUGCAGCCGGGCAGACGUGGCCACAGCUGCCCCGGGCACAGACGCACUGCCACACCGCCGCUUCGAGUACAAGUACAGCUUCAAAGGUCCGCACCUGUCCCAGUCCGACGGCUCCAUUCCCUUCUGGAUCCACACUGGAAAUGCCAUUCCCAGCUCGGACCAGGUUCGCAUCACUCCGUCUCUGCGCAGUCAGCGAGGAUCUGUCUGGACCAAAAACAAGGUCAGCUUCCAGUCCUGGGAAGCCGAGGUGACGUUCCGAGUGUCGGGCCGCGGCAGGAUGGGAGCAGAUGGACUGGCCAUCUGGUUCACCACUGACCAAGGCCUGGACGGUCCGGUCUAUGGAGCGGCCGACAAAUGGAACGGAGUUGGAAUUUUCUUUGAUUCCUUUGACAACGACGGCAAGAAAAAUAACCCUGCUAUCAUUGUCGUGGGAAACAACGGUAAACUUGUUUACGAUCAUCAAAAUGACGGCACCACACAAGCUCUCGGGACCUGUCUCCGAGAUUUCCGCAACAAACCGUAUCCAGUCCGAGCCAAGAUCACGUACUACAGAACCACGUUGACGAUCAUGAUCAACAACGGCUUUACUCCUGAUAAAGAGGAUUAUGAGUUCUGUGCAAAGGUAGACAACAUGGUCAUUCCCUCCGAAGGCUUCUUUGGAAUCUCUGCUGCCACCGGAGGCUUAGCAGAUGACCAUGACGUUUUGUCCUUUUUAUUAUUCAGUCUCACAGAACCAGGACAACAACAACCCCCUGCCCCUGAGUCGGAGAUCCCCAAAGAAGAGAAGGACAAGUAUCAGGAAGAAUUUCAAAACUUUCAACAAGAACUGGACAAGAAGAAAGAGGAGUUCCAGAAAGAGCACCCAGAAGUACAAGGAGAACCAAUUGAGGACCUGUACGAGUCCGUGAACGACCGGGAGAUCCGUCAGGUGUUCGAAGGCCAGAACCGGAUCCAUCUGGAGAUCAAGCAGCUGCACAGACAGUUGGCCAUGAUCCUGGACGAGCAGCGCCGAUAUGUGUCUGUGAUCACUGACCAGGUGUCCAAGAGGGGAGUCCAGGCCGAGUCUGGGCAGUUGGAUUCUAAUGCACAGCUGAGCUCGGUCCUCGCAACACAACAGGAAGUACUUCGGAAUUUGAACGACUUGAGGUCGUCGUUCUUUGAGUCCCUGAAGCAGAUCGGUUCGGUCCAGCCACAGGCCAACGCCGGGAUUGGAACCUACGAGAGCAUUCAGCAUUUUAACGACAUCAAAGAACAUUUACACUUAGUCAAAAGAGACGUGGAGCAUCUGAUCCAGAAGAGUGUCCAGAAUCCUGCAGAAAAGGUGAUGAAAUGCCCAGACCCGCCCCCAGCGCCCGCCUGUCUCUCCACGAUGCAUUUUAUCAUUUUCAUAGUCGUCCAGUCCAUCCUGUUUUUCUGCUACAUCAUGUACAAAAGUCAACAAGAGGCAGCUGCCAAGAAGUUCUUUUGA